CACUCUCCUCGACCCAAGAGUAUUGAAGCCUGUGUGCGGGUCAGCAGUCCUUGACAUGCUCACCAUCGAUGUCUAUCGUGCCAUGGAGGAGUUCGGAUGCCAGCCUAUGCUAACCCACGGCACCGCCCUGGGAGCUGUUCGGAACGGUACGCACAUCCCCUGGACUGCAGACUCAGAUAUUGCCUAUUUCUUGCCACCUGGCGCAUCGCC